UGAGAGGGAGGCUUAUUAUUGUAUGUGUGAGAGGAGGCUUAAUAUUGUUGUGCAUAGAAAGAAGGUAUAGCGUGGAGUGUUGUGGGUAUUACAUUGCAUAAAGGAUAUUGAGUAUUGUGGUUUAAAUUUUGAUGAUUCAUGAUUACCUAAAAAAACUUUGUCUGUUUUGUAGAUUUUUGGGUGACGUAGAACUUAAGACAUAACUAUGAGUGUUGACGAAGAGAAGUCUCCUGUCAGUGAAAUGGAGUUAAAUAUGCCCCGGACUCCAGUCUUUGAGAAGUCCAGAUCACUAUGGGGCCACGUGAAGAUGUUACCCUUACAAAUUCAGCGUCAGUUGCUGGAUCAGUACCGAGAUCCCUUCACUGUUGAGGUCCGUGACAAGCUGGCUGACCUUAUAGAACAGCUGCCAUGGAGCGAGGUGAAUGAGGAGAACUCCGGUAAUGUAGAGGACGAAGGAUAUGCUAAUCAGAUGCUAGAAUCAGUGCUAAACAAACUCAGUGAAACCAUUCAUAGCACCACUGAGUUUGUCCUCAAAACAAAACUGCGGGAUUCUGAACACAAACUCAGGCAAAGAUACAUGGGGAAUGCUCUAGAGUUUGUCAAGUUAGUAAAGAGCUACCUAUCCCAGGAGGAGCGUGCUGUAGCUCAGGCGGAAAAUGCUACAUCUGCGGAUGGAGGAGACACACAGUAUCACCGCCAGAUUGAUCUCAUUCAAAGGAUUGAAAGUUUACAGGGCAGAACUCAGGUGACACAGAACUAUCUGCAGACACUGGAUGAAAAGUUUAAACAGUUAAUAAUUACACGUCAGAAGCACUCCCAGAUUAAAGUCCAAACACAACAGGUUGAGAAUCAGCUCCAUAAUAUUCAGAAUACCUCUGGAAGUAUGGCCUCUGACAUAUACCAGCAAAAUCUCAUGGUAUGCAUGAACCAGAGGACUAAUCUAACUCGAAUGUCACAGGAUAUCAAUCAUACCAUAAAGGAUAUGGCGUCACAACUUGUACAGAUACGACUGGAUUUUACAGAAAAUUUCCAGAAGACACAUUCUGAACUUGAAGUUCUACAACAACUGGUGGAUCAGGAAGUAUUGUCAUGGAAUCGGCAACAAAGGUUGGCAGGCAACGGAGCAGAAUUUGACACUCGAGCUCUGGCUACCAUACAAAACUGGUUUGAAGGCUUAGCAGACUUGACAUGGAAAAAUCGAAACCAGGUUUCCCAAAUGGAAUCCUUUGGACAAGAUUUUCCGAUUGACGUUCCACAAGGGAUACAGGACAUUGUGAGCAGACUGAGGGGUUCUGUCAACAACAUUCUCACUGGCCUGGUCAGAAGUGCCUUCAUAGUGGAAUGUCAGCCUCCUCAGAUUCUGAAGGUCAACAACAAGUUCACUGCCAAAGUGAGGCUCAUGCUUGGUAACAAACUGAAAAUAUACAUGGAUCCCCGAAAGGUUACAGCAGUCCUCUUGAGUGAGCGCCAGCUAAGCAGACUACAGGAAUGUGAAAAUCCACACCUAUUUAAGGAGAACUCUGGCAAAUUGCUUAACGACAACGGGCGCAUGGAGUACAACGAAACGACGAGAGAGCACAGUGUCUCUCUCAAGAGUAUGCAACUCCAGAAAAUAAACCGUGCUGACAGAAAGCAGAAUGUGACAGAAGAGAAAUUCUGCAUUGUGUUUAAGUCAACAUUCCAGAUUGGAAACCAAGAACAAUUUGUCUGGACAAAAUCUAAUCCUAUAGUUGUGAUUGUCCAUGGCAGUCAGGAAUGCCGAGCAAUGGCGACAAUCAUGUGGGAUAACCAGUUUGCUAUACCGGAAAGGCAGAUGUUUGAGGUGCCAGACUUUGUCCCUUGGCCACAAAUGUGUGAGCUACUUAGCUGUAAGUUUAAGCAAAUGACACAGCGUGGACUGGGGAAGAAUGACCUUGAUUACCUGGCCCACAAGAUCUUUCAAGGAGGCCGGGACAUAGUGGAUUACUCUCCGUACAGUAUCACGUGGGCACAAUUCGUCAAGGAAAAUCAACAACUUGCUUCUGGGACUGUCAGCUUCACGUUUUGGGAUUGGUUCCACAGUAUCAUGAAACUGACAAGAAAACACUUGCGGGAAUUGUGGCAAGACAGAUGCAUUGUGGGAUUCAUAAGCCGGUCUAAGGCAGAGCAGCAACUCCUCAGUGUGGACAAUGGCAACUUCCUGUUACGCUUCAGUGAAUCAGAGUUGGGCGGUAUCACUGUUGGCUGGGUAGAUGAUGUUGCACAACAGCAAGGAGAUGAAAAUGAAGUGAAGAGGGAGGCUAACUUUGCACAGCCAUAUGAGGCAGAUGACUUCUGCGUCAAGAGUCUCGCUGAAAGGAUCAAAGAUGUCGACAAACUGGUGUACCUUUAUCCUAACAGACCGAAGGAACAGGUCUUUAAAAAAUACUGGCUUCCAUUUCCAGGAAGAAAUUCAAAGAAGCCACACAAUCCUCGCUAUAAACACAUGGGAACUCUGAUACAAGAUAUCAUUGCCGUACCUACACAGACUAGCAGUGUUUCUCGCAAACGAGAGAAGACAUCAGAAAAUGAGGAAGAAAUGACAAUGGAACCUGCGUCAGAAAUAGGAUCAAAGACAGCUAUGGAUGACAUGUCUGGGUUUGGAUCUGUUUUUGACAACACUCUGAAUGUUGAACAGAUAAUGAAUGCAAUGGACAUUGCACAUGUCUCGUCUCCGGACUCCAUACAAAUCGAUGCAUUCGACGAGCUUAUCAGUGAAGAUGAUGACAUUUUAUGAUCACAGAGGAUGAUGCAACAGUUUAGAAUAUUGAGGACAAUAACACGUAUUCUUUGUAAACUGUAUCCAGCAUUCUUUGAGUUUACAUUCCUGAAAAAAAUGGUGAAUUGGAUCGUGACACAACUCGAAAUGUGAAUUAUUGUCAGUGGUGGUCAUUUGUAUAGUGUUUUUUUAUAUAUUUUUCGCCUACUCUAAAGAAUGAAUGAAAAUUAAAAUGUUCACCAAAUGUAUUAUAAAAACAUUCUUUCAUCAACGCUGUUUGAGAAUCCUAGCUGGACGAUGUAGAUUUGGAUUGGGUCAUGUGUGUAGUAGCGAGUGAUCAUGUGAAGGUCUCGCAGAAUUACAGUUGAGGUGUACGAAUAACCUGUCGUGAUAUAUUGAUCUAUGGGACAACGAUACAAUCCCAUUUUUUAAGCAUAUUGAUGAAAAUACAUGUGGAAGUUUAUCCAUGGUAAAUAUGUGAAUAUGUAUAACUACACGCAGUUGUAAUGAUUAUUCAUGAUCAUAUACACUUGUACUGAAUGAUUUAUAAUACAAUAGAACCGGAUAAAACAUAUCACUUCCAUUAAUACAAAUUAAUUUGCUGCACAAGCCGAAAUUCGCUUGUGUUUCAUUGAAAUACACUCCUACUGCAUUUAAUAAACCCAGACAUAACAACAGGGCGUACUUAAGAUCUGAUUACAGCUGUAAGGAUGCAUAUCAUUAAUCUACUCAAAACCUUUGGUCAAUCCACGUGUUCUGUAACGGUAAAGGUUUCCAGCACUACGUGGCACCUCUUAUGAUGUUUCCUGUCCAGUAACGUAUGUAGUCACCAUCGAUCUAAGACAAAGUGAUCACUAAAAUAAUAUCAUUGUUCUAAAACAGAUCAUCAAUAAUGAUGAGGGUAAAAAUUGUAAACGUAGAUUGAAAGCUCCCCGAUAGAAAACCCUGGAUAGCUAAGUAUAUCUGUCAAUAGGACGCAUCUAUCCAAAUGUCCUUAUACCUAAAAGAUGUUCAUGAGAACGAAUCAACCGUCUAUUAAUUAAGCUGAAACAUUUUGAUACCGUAGAAAGGACCGUUAUUGAAGUAAAUUAUAGUAUCCAUGUAAGUAUAGGUAUCUUAACUAUUGAAAAUGUAGAAUAAACCGUUUCGAUCUGGAAAUGAAAAUUAUCUCAAUCAAACAACUUAAUGAAAACAUUGACAUUUAAGGUCAACCAAAUAAAAUGUUGAUUUUGAUAACUUGUGUGAUCAAUAUAUUUUUAAUAAACUGGGUACUUGGAAAUAGAUUUCCUGACAACAGGGGACAGGUUUUACAAGGAUUAAGGAGUUUCCACCCUUCGUAAUACACAUGUUUUUCUUUUCGUAUUUUCGUGUCGUCAUUUCCGUAUUGCGUAUCGUGGUG